AGAGUUGGAACGUGUUCUGGGAGUGGGUGUGUUUGUUUGAGUUCAGUGUGUGCAGAAAAGGCAAGCCUCCACAGCCAUUCACACACUUCCCUCCUCAGCGAUGGGUACGCAGACAGCCGAGCUCCUGCACUAAAUCUCUGAAUGUGUAUCUGAUACCUUCCUUUGCUGAGCUCCGGAGGCUCCCAGCGACCUCUUGGUAAUCAGCCUUGGCGAGCCUAAAUCCCCACCCCUUGGAAAACUCACGGAGCCUGACGUCUGCUUGUGAGCGGCUUUCAGAAAAGACCUCACAAGCAGCCAUCCAAUCUCUCUUGAUAGCAAACUGCCAAACCAGGCCCAUUUCCCCAAAAGAUGGUAGAGGGCUUAGCAGCUUCCUAUAUUGCUCUGAAAUUGGAGAAUGAAAUUCUGCAGGCCCAAGUGCAGAAGCUAAUGGAAGAAAAUGCUGCCCUCCAAGCCCAGAUCCCAGAGCUCCAGGAAUCCCGAUCACCCAAAGAUGAACCACUCCAAAAGCCCUCCAAGGCCCAACAGCCCCAGAAGUUCCCAAAACUCCGGGAGCCCACAGCAGCCUGGGGCUCACAAGAGCCUUCAGCUAUCAAGGAACCCCAGGAGACCCCAGAGCUCAAGGAGCUUGCAUUGUACCCACAGAUCCAGGAGCCCUGGGAGUCCCCAGAGAUCAAAGAGUCCCAGGAACUCCCCAGAAACAAGGAACCCCCUAGGCCCCCAGAGAUCAAGGAGGCCUGGGAGCCCCCAGAGUUCCUGGAUCCCACAGCAGCCUGGGAAUGCCAGGAGCCUUCAAAGAUCAAGGAGGCCCACAAGCCUGCUGAGCUCCAGGAUUUCUCAGCCUGGAAGCUUCCAGCAGCCCAAGAGCUCCAAGAGGCCCAGAAGCCUCUGGAACUCCCAGCAGCCUCAGAGGCAGGGCCACCAGACAUCCAGUAUACCUCUUCAGCUGAGGAGCCCCAGAAUGCAGAACCCCAUGACCCUCCAAAUGCUGAGAGGGGGCAGGAGGCAUCAGAAUACCAGGCUUCGUCCCUUAAACUUCCAGCUACCCAGGAUCCUCUGGGGCCUUGGGUGCCUCAGGAGCCCCUAGACCCUUCAGAUACCCAGGAGUUUCUAGAACCCUCAGUACCUGAGGAGUCCCUGGAGGGCCUAAUAGUUGUGGAAACAGCAACAGUUGCAAAGUUUCCACAGGCCCUCAGUGGAUUAGAGGCUGCAGCUUUCCCUUUAGAAUACCCUUUAGCCUUCAAUGGGGAUUCUCAGAAGCUUCCUGAGUUCCUGGUUCAAUUGAAUGGCUUCAUGAGGGUCAGAAGGCACCUGCAUCCUAAUGAAGCAGCUCUAGUGAGCUUUGUUGUUAACUGCUUCUCAGGUGAUGCAGGGAGGUGGUUCCAACCCUUGAUGGGUAUCCAAAGCCCCCUGCUGGAGCAAUUUGAAAGUUUCUUACAAGUGCUCCAGAAUGCUUCUGACAAUCCAGAAAACACCGAAGUUUCCAACCACAGCAUCCAUCAACUGUGCCAAGAUGUGGGCACUGUCCACAGGUAUGCAGCCUUCUUCCACCGCAUUGCUCAAUACCUAAGCUGGGAUAAAAACACCCUCUGUAUCCAAUUUCCAAAAGGGCUUGCCAGUUCUCUUCAAAAUGAACUAUCUCGUACAAGUCCAGCUACCAACGUAUGUGAUAUGAUCCCUGGAUGUGUCAGCCUAAAGGAGAAGAUGGGUGGUGAGGCUGAUGACGAUCCAUCAGAGCCAAGCCCCUCAGAAGAGAGAAAUGGGCCUGAGAAUCAACCAGCUCAAAACCAGCCUGCUCAAGCUACAGGUAACCGUCCACACCUCAGUGAAGCUGAACGGGCCCGACGCCGGGAAGGCCACUUGUGUCUCUACUGUGGUCAUCCUGGUCAUUUUGCCAGAGAUUGUCCUGUUAAGCCUCAUCGUGCACAGCAGGCGGGAAACUUGGAGGCCCGGCGGUAAGGGGGACCCCGGACGGGCCAAUCUACAAAUAUGCGUCCCCCUCCCUUCCAAUAUCUAUGUCUCGUACCCUAUGGCUAACUGUUGAAAUCCGACUGGGAAGACGACAAUUCUUUGAGCAAGCAAUGGUGGACUCAGGAUCCUACAGAAACAGCAUCGACCAUUCAGUGGUUCUUCGAGAGAAGCUGCCCAUGCGCAACAACAUCUUCCCUCUCAUGCUCGAAACAGUUGAUGGCCGGCCUCUCAUUAAUGGACCCAUAACCAAGGAAACACCACCCGUUGAAGUCAAAAUUGGAAACCACGUUGAAGAGCUCCAGUUUGACAUUAUCCAUGCACCUCGAUACCCUUUGAUUCUUGGUAUCCACUGGCUUGAGACACAUGACCCAAACAUUGAGUGGAGUACCCGCACUGUGUCCUUUCCAUCACGUUAUUGUCAUUACAAUUGCUUCAGGCACAGGUGGAAUAGAAGAAGGCGCGAUGAAAUCAUUGCUGGGUAGAUGCUGGGUUCCAGUGGCAUCUGGCCAUCUGUCUUCUGUUACCUCAGCUGACAUCAGCAUUUGCUGCUCCCUGAAUCUUCCACUGAACUUCUGGAUUUCUGGUUGUGAACUAAGGCUACCUGUACAACGACUCUGCCUCUUGGAUGACGGACUGAACCUGAUGAUUUUUUAAUGUUUUUUUCUAACAACUUUGCAUGCCCCCCUCUUUGAAACCUACAUUUUGUUUUCAUUAGAAUAUAUACUAACAAUAUGCAUGAGAAUAGGUAAUAGAAACUUAUACUGAGGAAUGUAGCUGUUAGAUUAAUCUGAUUCUUAUCAAGAUUUUUUAUCACCAAAAUUUCAUUUUUCAAUAAAAAUUAAUUUUCAAGUGUUUUUUUUACAUAAUCAAUAAACGUUGGUGAUUGUUA